UCUCAAGUAGGUGGUAACUUUUAUCUGGUACGUGCGAUUUUGCAUUUCGAUAAGGCGCUGGUGACUUGCGAUCCGACAGGAGGACUACAUCAGCAUUAUGUAUAUUAUCAAUAAGUGGAACCAGAGUGGGCCAGUACUCGAGUGACGAGAGUCUAAUUAAUAUUAAUAACCCCUCUAAAUUUAGCCCCUGGUUCAUGACGUUUUUGGGGAAUGGUCAACGUGAGUGGGAUCGCAUAGUCGAGCGCCCCUGUAUGGUAAUCCUCGGAUACUUUGGUUCCGAAAGCCCCAACAUCAAUGGGUGAAUGAAUGGAUGUCGAUAAGGUCGAUUAGAUCUCCUGGCCCACGAUACUGCGAACGUGUACAUGCAGCGCCUACCACUUAAUAAUAUUGUAUAAUCCUUUGAGUCUACUGCAUUAGAAUGGGGCACCCAAAAUGUUUCGCUGAUAACCCGAUAGCAAACAAAUUGUACGCCAGUCUAGUGAAAGUCUCAAAGCUACGGUGAAGUCAAUAAAAACCUCAGUUCCGCAUAGUGCGUUGUAAUAGCUAAUGCACGGCGGAUCGCUAGUCAAAAGGCAGUUUUCAUAUGGAAGAAUCCUUAAAAAUCUUUUGAAUUAACGAAAAAGGGAAUUCCAUUAGAGUCCUUAUAAGGAAUACAUGUAAUUCAUUUCAGGAGACUAGAAGAGAAAUUCAAAGGACUAAACAUUAUUUAUAGCCGUUGUGAAACUAGGUAGCGCCACAAUGAGCGAUGAAAAGUCCAAACCAACGUCACUGCUGCAGCAUAUAGAAUCGGCGCUAUAUGUGAUCAACCAGCUGUGCAUAGGAUUCGUCACCAUUUGGGUCAGCUGGACCUGCUUGCGCCAGGACCUCUCGGGAAUUCGCCUUCAUGCCUGGCUGGUUACCUUCGGAUUUGUUUUCCUAAUGGCCGAGGGAAUGAUGUGCUUCUACGACGGUAGUUGGCUAACGGUGCGCUACUCCCGAAAGUACAAGACUGCCUUUCACGUGGUCCUUCAGAUCCUGGGGGGCGGCAUGGGCGUGGCCGGCUGUUUGAUCCAACUAAUACGCGACGAUUGGGCAAUUAGCGUCACGUUGCAUGCACGCCUGGGUUUCGCCGCCUUCAUCCUGUGCCUGAUCUCAUUGCUGAGUGGACUUGUCGCCUUCCUGGCGAGAUCCCUGAGCAGGACCAUCUCACCCUUGGUCAACAAGACCUUCCACGUGGUCCUCAGCUUUGCCGCCUUCGUGAUCGCCAUGAUGGCGCAGUUUUACGGAUACACGCAGACUGGAAUUUUCAGGGGCCAAGGCCAGGAUUUCGUUGUUCUCAUGCAGGUCGUCACUAUGGUCCUAAUGGUCCUAACCAGCAUUGGCGCCAUCAAGUCCCUCUAUCAGAAAUUUGGUAGCUUGGCCAGUUAGAAACGCUCUUUAUCUAUCUUUCAUCUUGUAUAUGGUGUAUUUUGAGCUAAGCUAGACUAUAUAAUAUUUACAUAUUAAUUUAAUGUUAUUAUAAGGAUAUAACUAAGAACUAAGAGAACAAAAGCCCGACUAAAAAAUGUGAUUACAAUUUAAGUAAAGUAGUGAACAAUGUAAAACUCGCUUGCAAAAGAUAAAUGUUAUGGAACACCAUACAACAGCA